AUGACCUACACUGACCACAAAUACUACAACCAACUUUUAGCAACUGGUCCUAACUCCUUGGCUAACUACAGUCUGCUGAAAUCCUCCUCAUACUAUCCAAGUCCAUCCAACUUCUCUUCUACAUCUCUCAUCACCCCCAACCCACAAGUACAACAACCACCCCAAUCUCAACAACAGCAAUUGAUAUAUGGCUCCUCCCAGCACCCACAGCAUGUUUCACAACCUUAUAACUACAUGUCAAAUAGUUACAUCCCCAACAAUACCUCCGAAUCAAUUGAUUACCCAAUCAUAAAAGAAAAUAACAAUAGAGUCUCUAAACUGUCCAGCGGCACUGCGUCUCACAAAUCAAAAUCUUCAAAUAGCACAAGUCCAUCCAACACGAAUGUGAUAUUGGACAGAUGCACUUGUCGUAACUCAAACUCUUCUACAAACGACUCAAACCACAUUCCAAGACCCAGAAAUGCCUUUAUUUUAUUUCGUCAGCAAUACCACCAAUCCGUUCUCGAUGAAGGCAAUAUCAUAAGAACCAAUCCCGACGUAUCCAGAGAAUUGGGCAAAAGAUGGAGGGCUUUGCCUCUUGAUCAAAAGGCCUACUGGAAUAAAGCUGCCGAAGAAGAAAAAAAGAAACAUGCUGAGAAAUAUCCUGGCUAUAGAUAUAUUCCCAGAAGAUCUGGCAAAAAGAAUCUUUGUUCAUAUUGCAAAUCUAGAGAAGCUGCUAAUGAAAAACUAAAGUAUGACGUCUCAAAUCACAUUCAAAAUCAAUUACCAAACCAAUUGCACUCUCAAAUCCCUAUUCAGCCCCAACCAAACCAAUCUCCAAUGAUGAUCGCCAACAAUAUUCUAUCUCCCAAUUUAAUGCUGCCAAUUCAAAACCAAAUGGUACAACACAGCUCUCCAAUCACAUCUCCCCAGCCUUUCCUUCACCAACCGCAAACGCCACAACCUUAUCAAAACCAAUACUACAAUCAACAGCCCUACAAACUACCUCCAUUAAACACUUCACAACUUGCUUCAUCUAUUAACCAACAGUUUCCAAGACCUCAUGAAUCUGCUGAUACAAAAAAAGUUAAAGAACAAAUAACUUUGCCACACAUAUCACACUUGGGUCUCCCCACCCCCGAUUUCAAUUCGUUAAGAAUACCCAAUUCUAAUUAUUCCACUUCCAUAUAA